UUUGUAAACAAUGGAUUUCCAUGACGAGAAAUGACUCUGCUAUGGGAGGUAUUUCAAAAUUUAUUGAACGAAGUACAAGGUUAGCGAUUACUUUCUAUUCAUAGAUCGAUGAGCGUUGUCGCUGCUGGUGUUAUGUGCUACCUAACCAUGGUUCAAGUCUGGUUAAGGUAUUAAACACCAUUACCUUAGCCACAUAUCAGCCUUUCUUUUUAUUGAUUGACUGUGUACAAUUAUUCCACACUGUCUAAACUCAUUCACUGUCUAGUGUCUUUGACAUGUACAAAAUUUAACGUACAAAAUUCAGGAAUUGUCGUAUUCAGAACAAAUGAUGUGGUCCUAUGCAAGAGAUAUGUCACCAAAAUCCUAUGGCUGAAAAAAUUAAUAUGUACUAGUUGAAUUCGAAUGUUGUGGAAAACAGAUUGCAAAGUUCUUGUAUGACAUAAUAUCUUGUUCGAACGCUUAUUGUUUUGCUUGUGAAAGAUCUGAGUAGCAAAUUUGGAGACUCACUCAAUAAAUUUGGACUUGAAGGUGAUUCGUUUUUAAAUUUUUCUGCAGACCUAAAUUUAGUCUUUGUUGAGUCAUUUAUGCGUUUUGUUUGGAGAAAUAUUGGACUAAAAUCUUCCUUUUAUUCCAAGACUUAAUGCUUAAGUUACUGAUUAGAUGUAACCUUCCUGUAUACUUUUCUAGAAAUUGAAAUCUUUUCACUUGUGUUGCAAUGCAGUUUAAGUCAACUAGAGCUCUCAAGUCCAUUUGCUGGCAAAGAGUGAGAUUCCACAGGCAUCACCUAUCAAGGGUGGAAGGGGAAGGGGAAGAGGGUAUGGGGGCAUGUUCUCCUGGAAAAUUUUUAAAAAAUGAAAUAGCAAAAAUGUGCAUUUCUUUAAUCUAAGAGAGAAUUUCUGCUGUUAAAAAGUGUGUGAAAUGAGUGCAUAGGGCAGGGAACAAGGAUUAAAUUAUUAUAUUUGGAAGGAUAAUUUUAUAGGUACUAAAUGAAAGCAGCAGUUUGCUAUCUCAAAAUCAACAGAAUAAAUGCAAAACCUUGUAGAAGAGAAAAAUAAUGACUUUAGCCAUGAGAGUGUAAGAAUUAAUUUGUUUGUGUGAGUCUCACACCUAAUGUGUGAGACUUGAGAGCUCUAAGUCAACUCAACACGUUGAGCAUACUACAGCAUUUUUUACUUUUGUUUCUUUUAUGUACCCAGUAAUUUACAAGGGAUUCUUCAAUGCAUGUCAUUUAUUUAUUAAUGGUACUGUAAAUUUUUAGUGGGUAGGGAGGUUCAAUGUAAAAGGAAACGAUAGGAUGAGGGCUGGAAGAAUAAAAUAACAUUUCAAUAUUCCAAAAGGAAAAACAUUUCCAAACUUGAAUAUGUCUGUUCUAUCUUUAGAAUGAUGUUCACCAACCAAGCAUUAAGCACAAAAGCAAAAUCAAAUAGUAGAAUUUAAUACAAUUAAAAUAGAGGAACUGUAUUUUCAUGAGGGUGAAAAACAAAGAGACAAUAUUAUUGUGAUGCUGUGAUCAGUGCUGUCUCCACUGCCUUGAGUGUAAACUUCACCAAUAACUAUUUUGUUUUGAUCAGGCAACCCCUUGAGGAGGCUAUAACACUGUUUAUACAACAGCUCAACAGAAUUGCCCAUUACUCCUGUGAAAAUAACCUCAUGUCUAUGAUAGAUUUUGUUUUCAUUGCAUUAUUUCAACACCACAACCUGUAUCAAUUUCUUCUGACACAAGAAGGAGCUGAUGACAUCACCAAGUGUGAGCUGGUUACUCAGCCACCCUUGGUUCCACAACCUAUGAGGGAUGGUGUACUUAAGAGUGUUUGGGAUGAAGAACAAAGAAUAAAACACAUUGAAGAGAUGGAACAAAAAUGCAUACAGGUAUGUGACUGUAUGUGCAACCAUUGACUAGGUAGCAAGUUAACUUAAGAAGUAAUGUCCAUUCUAAGAAGUUGUACUGCCUAACUCACCUCAGAACCUUUCUUACUUGAAUCAAUCUAAUUUAAUGUGCAUUACGCUCUUUGUCAAGAAUGACACAUGUUAUUGGAAUAAAAGUGUAACAAUAUGAUGUAUGUACAAAAUCAAGCAAGGUUGUUUAUGGUCAACUGGGACUGACAGGUAAACAUUUUCUGUCCUAACUUUAAAGCCAUCCAGAAGUACUGGUUAUUAAAGAAGAUGCAUUCCCUCUAAUGUUUUCUCAAAUGUUCCUCUUUAUUGGAGUAAUUAGUGCUACAAAAGAAAACAUAGUUAAUCACAUCUGUUUCAUUAUGAAAUGGGUGAUCAUUAGACUGUUGAGACUGUUUUAAGAGGCACUGUGUUAAACAGUCACCCUGUAAUAAAGGGUCAGUUGUCAGUUUUCUCCCCUUAAUUACUGUUACCGCAACAUUACGUAACAGUAAUUUUCACCUGUGUUAAGGGGCCAUGGUCAUCCUUGACUGAGUCCCAGCUUCCUGUUUUUAUUGUCUUCUUCUUGCAUGUGUUGAACAGUCACUUAAGCAGAAUCUCUCAAAUAAAACCAGGAAAAGUACUUUGAGUGUAAAUGUGCUCAACGUGUUGCAAAUGAUCUAAUUCUUCUUUGAAUAGAAUCUCUCAAAUAACACUAGGAAUAGUAAUUUGAGUUUAAAUGUGCUUGACAUGUUGCAAAUUAUCUAAUUCUUCCUAGAACAGAAUCUCUCAAAUAAAACUAGGAAUAGUACUUUGAGUUUAAAUGUGCUCAACAUGUUACAAAUUAUCUAAUUCUUCUUAGAACUGUUGGGACAAAUAUUAUGCACAAACAUUACACAAGUCAAUCGGCCCAUGGAUAUGACCUAGAGGUCCAACUGAUAGAAAAUAGUAGACAGUAAUUCUGCUUUAGUGUUCUCUUUUUAUGCUAUGUCACCAUUUUGAUGAUUCUGUUUAUUGUUAUUAACAAAGAGUCAAUGCAUUUUUUAGCAAGCUUGUCAAUAAACUUUGAGUUAAGUGCAAUUAUGGUAUAAAAUAGCAUUUUUUUAACAGCAUUUGACUCCUAUUCUGUGGAAAUUGUUUCAGCAGCCUCCUUGUAAUUCCCUGUGGGUGACUGCUUAAUACAGGUUUGACUGUAUGCUUUUUUUUCACCAAUCACUGCUACUUGACACUGAUACUAUUCUUUUUACUAUUUAGGAAAGAAAUGAAGUCUAACAAGCUGUCUAGAAACUGGAGCAGCAGUUUUUGGAGUUUGACUCGUCACCGGAAAACUUAUCAGCAUAAAAUUUAGCCACAAUUGUGGCUAUUAUGUUACUGCUAAAAAGGCUGCUGUGACAAGUGCCACUAUCAGUUAUAAAAUCGGAGAAAUGCAUGAUUCUUUUAAUUUCAGGUGCAAAUGGGCCACUGUUAGUCAGGACAAUGACAAGGGAGGAAUAAAAUCUGCAGCUUCUAGUUGUUGUUCCAAAGGAAAUUCUGGAAAGUAGUGAUUUCAUUGCACAAGUAUACUUUUCAGUUGUAAAUGUACCUUGGUAUAAUUUUUUAACUUUCAGACAAGAUGUUUUAGGGAUAAUUUCCCAUCAUUAUUUAUCAUUGUAUUGACAUUAUGAGCUCAUCAUGUGUAGCUUCAUGGACUUAGAGUUAACUUUUCUUCUUUUCAAACUUAUGAUUGCUAAUACUUUAAAUUUCAGAUGAACCUCUAUCAAAACAUCCACUGAAUUUUUCUUUCGUUUUGCUUAACAUUAUAUUGUUGGGUUGUUGAUUCAUAGAAGAAAAUGUGCGUAUACAAAGGCUCAGAAAAUUAGUCCACUACAAAAUGAACAUUUUUGGCAUCACCUGGCAUUUCUAAACAAAUAGAGAUAUUUCUCCAAACAAGUUGAAAUAGGGUUUUCUGUGGAACUGAGUGGAAACUGGAAGAAGCCUUACCCUGCACUAGUGUCUCUGUUCAGGAGAUUUUCACUUCUAAGAUCUCAUUGGUAAUUCUCCUUACUGUGUCCCACACAAUUCCUUUGAUGUUAGCUCAAAGAAUUUGGUAUUGGAUCAACUAAUAUUGCCCUAAUGGACAUUUUCUUUAUUCUCAUCACUUGUC